GUUCUUAAGUAUCGCUACAACUAUAAUCCACCCAGUGGAGUCAAGGAUGCUGUAAUAUCUUUAGCAAAACAAUGCUUGUUAGAGAAAGGUGAAGAUGCCAAAGACAUAUCUCAGUGUCACCUGAAGGAUAAUGAUGUAAAAAUAACUGAUCUUUGGGAAUUAUGCCUUUUCAGGUCAUCUUGGCUCUCGCUGAGAAGUUUAAACAUUGCCCUCGUAACAAAUUCCUAUAGACUUAUGCACUUGAAAUCGGUUCAAGAUCUUAUAGAUUUUUAUGAGGAGCCGGUUGCAAAUGUAACGAGUUAUACGAAACUUUCUCGAAUGCAAUCUAAACCCGCCAACGUGUACAUGAUGGAGCAUGCGAGUAGAUUCCAUCCUGAAGAUAUAGAGGCGUGGCAUGGAGGGGUAACAGCGUUCCCUGGAAGUGGUGGCCGCGUUCUCGGACUACGCAACAAGCGUCUUCUUCGACAAUUUAAGCCAAAAUCUGACUGGUUCGACUACGAAGAUCAGACUUUCGACUACAGUCCACCCGAAAAAGAUAUGCCGUGGGACAGUGAAAUAGCACGCCGAAUGGAUAGGUAUCCUGACAAGCGAUUUGAUAUCAAAAGAAGGGUGUUCAUACGCACUAAGUGA